UGUCCAGGAAAUCUAUGCAGAUAAGGAAAAGCAUCUUGAAAAUGGGAAGGUAAAGUGGGAAUCUGGCUAGGUGGUGAACUUUAGAAACAUAGGGAAAGCAACAGGACCUGGGGAGAAUAAAAGAUGUCCAAAAGUCCCUGAUUUUGCAGGACUCUGAAGUCAGGCUUGAAGAGGUGGCAUCCUUUGGUUAGGAGCCAUUACCCUUAUGGGUACAGGUCCUCAGUGCAGAGUUAAAAAAUCCUAAUGUUGACUACCUUGAAAGUAAGCUUUGGUAUGUAGUUUCAAAUAAUGUAACUUUUAGAGCUAAGCACAUAGAAACAGGAAAACUCCAGGUUAAAGAUUCUCAGUGCAACUAUAAUUUGAUUCUUCUAUUCACAUUUAGAAUUGGAUUCUACUGGCUCUACUGGUCACGGAAGUUGUGAGUGAUGCUGUACAUAUCACUGGAGACAAGCUUCUCACACGUGGCCUCAAUCCGUGUGUUCAUUCACUGAUGUCCAGCUUGUUACUUUACCAGCUUACUUGGUGAAGUCCCCAAGGCUUGCAGCAGUGACCAAAGUCAGAAAGAGCUGACUUCUGAAUGUACCAGCCAGGAUGAAAGACCGGCUAAACGAGCUGCAUGAAUUAGCCAGGUUACACAACCAAGAGUUUACUGAAAGUCAGGAUGAUGAAAAUUCACUCCACGAUGUUCUGCUUUAUGAGACUGAUUAUGCCUUGGAAAUUCUCCAUAACGACAUAGAGAACAUCCGGACAGAAAAUGACUAUCUAAAAGAGGAUGUGAAGCGGCUCAGAAAGCAAAAUAACCGCUUUCUUACUUCUAUGCGCCGUCUUAGUAGCAUCAAACGAGAUACUAAUUGUAUUGCCAGAGACAUUAAGGCCCGUGGAGAAAGCAUCCACAGGAAACUUCACAUAAUGAGAGAUUUCUGUGAAGAUGCAGUAACAAAAUAUGGGGCUAUGUCUGUUAUUGCCAGGGUAGCAAAGAACCACUACGUUGACCUCAUGCACUCAUUUCAGGGAGCCAUGUUUGAAUACAAUGCAGCAGAGAUGAACCAACGAGAGAACUGCAAGAUUCGAAUUCAGCGGCAACUAGAGAUAAUGGGCAAAGAUGUUUCUGGCAACCAGAUUGAGGAGAUGAUUGAGCAAGGCAAGUGGGAUGUCUUCUCUGAGAAUCUCUUGUCAGAAGUUAAGGGGGCUCGCUCAGCCUUGAAUGAGAUUGAGACACGUCAUAAGGAGCUUGUGAAGUUAGAAGGUCGUAUCAAGGAAGUUCAUGAGCUCUUUCUGCAGGUGGCCCUACUAGUGGAGGAACAGGCGGACACCUUUGACGUCAUUGAGAUAAAUAUGCAAAAUGUCGAGGACUAUGUAGGAGAAGCUAAAGAGCAAGUGAAAAAAGCUUUGGAAUACAGAAGAAAACACCCCCUCAUAACAAUCCUCUGCUGCUGCUUAUCCUGCUGCAGAAAAUGACUAUCCCACUGAAGCUAUCACAGACUGACCUGAAUGUCUUCAAAAUCAGGCAUUCAUUCCAGUGACUUUUUUUCUAAUGACAACCCCUAGAAAUGGGGGACUAUUUUGCAGUUGAAUUUGUUCAUUGUUUUUUAACUAAACAUGCUGAAGGCUGUUCUAUUUGAGGCCUCCUAGAAAUGUUGAUAAAACUAUUUUUAAUCUGUUUUUAAUUGAAAUGUACUCUGUUGGUUUAACUGGAAGUGCAAGAAGAUCUCUGCAGCGAUACUUGUUUCAGAUAAGCAGCAAAGAGAAAUGAAUGACGGGCUGAUAACUCAGCCUAGGGAAGAUGAGAAAUUUCAAGAAGUAACUUUAUUGUCUAAGUGACUCUGCAGGUGGUGCAGCCUUGCCGCCUGGGGAGACACAAUACACCACAGAAUCAGGUUUCAAUUUUAACUAGUUUGGAGCCUGCUCAACGCAAAUACUUGAACAGAUUUUCACUCUGUCCAUUUGAGAAAAUACCAAGCCUGAUAGCAGGAACAGGACACAGAACUAAUUUCUAUUUCAACUCGAUUUCCACCUGAACCUCAACAGAAGUAACUGCACCUUAAAUGACAGUAUGCACGUUUUGCUCUGCUUGUGCGCAAGUGAUUGCUUUUCUUGAUUUUGAGUAUCCACAACUUCGUCAAGGUGACUAGAAGCACUGCAACAUCGAGGCAUCUCACCGACUUUUAACUUGAGCCACUCUCUGCACUCUCAGUUUCAAAACUGCCAUGCUUUUAUGCUUCUAAUACAUUCUUCUGCCAAUAAACACUUCAGCCAGAAGAGAUGCAUGCAGUGGCCUUCUGCAGCAGCACAUGCAAGAAGAUAACUAUUGGGGAAUCGAGAAGGCAUUUUAGGGUUUCCUGUGCUGGCACAUACACACAAACAAUUUUAGUGGAAGGAUUAUCCUGUCAAUAGACUUCUAUUCUUUUAAUAAGAAUUAACAUGGAUUUUUUAUGUCUAUUUUUAAUAAUAUGAAGGAUUAAAUUUAUUAAAAUGCAAUUUUACUGUACAAAGCUACGAUUUUUCUCCCACUAUUAGGAAGUCUCCACCUGGGAAGAAAGUAGACAUAUUUCUUCCGAACACCCGAAGAAGACAGAAAACAACAUUUUAAUGUCAUUUCAGUGCUCUUUUCAAACUUGAAAGUAAUAUUUCCUUUUGUGUAAAGGGAAUCUGGCCAAACUAGAUUUAGAAUAUGAGGAGGCAAUAGAAAAAUUGCAGCCCUGGAAACCACUGAAAGUUGUCCAUGAAACAUGUAUUCAUGAGGUCUGGUGAGUGAUUAUAGCUCCUGCUUCUGGAGGUUUUCCAAGUAUUAUAUUUCUAGGUGGCUUCCUGAUACACUGUGAUCUAUUGCUGUCCUUUGAAUUAAUGCAGGACAUUUUUUUUUCAGAAGUUACUGAUUUUUUUUUAAACUGCUGAUCCUAUUUGUACCUAUUUUAAUAAAUAUAUUUAAACAUUUCAAA